UAAGACCAGAAACUAGAACUCAUUUUUAUUGUGUGAUCGAUGACCAAAACAGAGUAAAACAUAAAGGGGAUACAUAGCUCCCAAUUCCCUCGAUUUAACAUGAAAGAACAACAACAUAAAGCUGGAAAACAGACCCAAAAGACAACAAUCGCCGAGACACAUAUCCAUCUUCUAAGAGGACGCUGCUGCAGCUUUGUUUUUAGCAACGAGGAGCUUAGCAAACUCGAUGAUCUUGUCGGUUUCAGGCAGGACGUCCUUCACAGCAGGAUCGGCCGAGAAUUUGUCCGCCCAUUUACACAAACCAGGCGUCUUCUCCUCGUCAAGAAGCUUCACUCCUCCCAGCAUCACUUGCAGAGCUCUCAGCCAUGCCAACAUGCUCCCAAACGCAAUGUCGAUAAACCCAAUCUUCUCCCCGCCGAAGAA